CUUAUCCCGCUAAGGAAAGCUUUGCACCGGCAGUGAGUCAGAGGGGGCCCUCGUUGGGGAAGGAGUGAGCGGAGAGGGCUUUGGAUUUUCGGCCUGGGGUUUUGGGGGAGUUUUUUUUUAAAGAGAACCUCUUUAAAAAAAUAUUUUUGCAAGCAUUUUUUUUAAAAUCCUGUCUUGCAGUUUGGUGAAUGAAGCUACGAAGAGGAGGGAGGACGCUUCCCCCCUUCUCCGACCUGCUGCCUUUUUGUGUGGUGUGUGUCUGUGUGUUUUGUAAGGAGGCUGAGAAAGGAGGAGGAGGAAACGGCGGCGAUGUUGGAAGCGUAGCCCUCGGCUUUUGUUCGGAACUUCAGUGACUCCAGCAGGGGAUUGCCAGGAUGGCCAUGGGCAUGCAGGAACAAUAUGAACCUGUGGCUGAAAUCGGUAUUGGAGCUUAUGGUACUGUCUUCAAGGCCCGGGACUUGCAGAGUGGCAAAUUUGUGGCUCUCAAGAAUGUACGAGUGCAGAACAGUGAGAAUGGACUCCCUCUGUCAACGGUCCGAGAGGUGGCCCUGCUGAAACGUUUGGAGCACCUUGACCACCCCAACAUCGUGCGGCUAAUGGAUGUUUGCACCACUACACGGACUGAACGAGAAACCAAAGUGACUCUGGUUUUUGAGCAUGUAGAUCAGGACCUGAAAGCCUAUUUGGAAAAAACACCACCUCCUGGUUUACCCUCAGAAGUAAUAAAGGACAUGAUGCGUCAAUUCUUGAGUGGCUUGGAUUUCUUACAUUCAAAUUGCAUUGUCCAUCGUGACCUUAAACCAGAGAAUAUCCUGGUGACCAGCGCUGGUCAAAUCAAGCUGGCUGACUUUGGACUGGCCCGUAUCUACAGCUGCCAGAUGGCCCUGACACCACUGGUGGUCACCCUCUGGUACCGUGCUCCAGAAGUGCUGCUUCAGUCAACCUAUGCUACUCCUGUGGACUUAUGGAGUGUGGGAUGUAUCUUUGCAGAGAUGUUCCGAAGGAAACCUCUCUUCUGUGGCAAAUCAGAAGCUGACCAACUGGGCAAGAUCUUUGACCUGAUUGGUCUCCCUUCAGAGGAAGAUUGGCCAUUGGAUGUGUCUCUGCCACGCUGUGCCUUUGCUGCUCGCUCACCACAGCCGGUGGAGAACUUUGUGCCAGAAAUCGAGGUCCUGGGGGCUCAGCUGCUUUUGGAAAUGCUGACAUUCAAUCCACUGAAGCGUAUAUCUGCCUUCCAAGCCUUGUAUCAUCAAUACUUUCAGGACAAGAACGCAGGUGAAGGGUAGCAUCCCCAGCGAAUCCCUGAGCCUGGGGGAAGAGACUAUACAAAAGACUUUGUGAAUAUGCGUAUAACGUGAACCCCACCAAGUGGAUACACUCAGACUAGUCCCCAAGCUGUCCUGGCUGUGCUAGGAUGGAAGGGGGUGGGAAGGACAAAGCUUUUGACAACAUGCAUGAAAACAGAGAGGGUCAUGUUGCAGGAAAUGCACCGUUGAAAUCCUCUCCCACCCUGAAAAUGUUAGGACUUUAAGAGUGGCCUCUCUCCGUCACUGUGCAUGCACAUUCUGUAUUCCUGGGUUGAUCUCCAGUGGCGUUCUUGGAGGUCUGUUUGUUUUUGGGACUCCCUGGUUUGAGGCAUCUCGGUCACCUAUGGGUUCUUUGCCAAAGGUCUCUUUUGGAUAGCCCCUUUUUCCUCUAGUAAAAUUUUUAUAACAGUUUACACAUAAUAAUAUUGCUGCCUUAUCACAUUCCUGUGGCUAACAGUUUGACACUAAAGCCUUGCCUUAGCACGUUGCAGAGCUCCACAAAAAUGGGAGCAGAAGAUUAUUUUUGUAUAAGUCUUCACAAUUCUUUUUUUUUAAUUGCCAAGACACUGGUCGGGAGAGACCUAAGCGGUUGCCUAUCUCGGCAUGGGGAACACGUUCAGAUGAGAGGCGUUUUCCCAUCUGUUCAAUUCCAAAUAUUAAUGUGAAACGUUUUUUAAAAGGCUUUUAAAAAUGAUAACAUUUCAAUAAAGGAUAUGGGUGAGGUCCAGGCAAGUAUAGUUUGGUCUUUCCCUUCUCUUGCCA